AGCAAAUGUUAGAAAAUUUUCAAAAAGAAUUUCAGGUGGACGGAGUUGCAGUAGAAAAAAACUUAGCCGGAAGUUGUCUGUCUGUUCAAUUAUAGAUCAUCAAGAUGAUACUUCUCCGGGAUACCCUCCUGACCUCACGACUAGCUGCACAGUUCGUUUACUGUUACACCCGAAAGAAGCGCAUGUGAGAUUGAAACGUAUAUGAGAUGCGCUAAGUGAAUUGACGGUGUAUCAUGGAAAGGCGUUUGUCAAAUGGCGAAAUAUCGUUUAUACCAGGAUGGUUCUCUCAAAUCCGAAGAGCAGGAGUUUUAUUUAGCCAGCUUGUUUACAAUCCUCCGAGUCAUGAAUAUGAAAUCAUUAUAAGUCGCAAGGCCAAGGUGCAGGUUUUUUUGACAAGUGCUCUGGACAGUAGAGGAAGUGUGUGUUUUACCCGAAUCAAGAAUUUACUGACCUUAUUCGUCACACACAUCAAUCAAGAAGUCCAAUGAAUCGGUCCUAGUCUAGAACCACGUGUAAAAUCAUCGCAUCUUUUUGUGGACUAGAAUCCACCACGCACACCUGCUUCAGGAGGAUACACCAGAGCAAGAAAAUGGCACACCAAGCUGCUUCCAAUACUGGUGGCACCACGUCGUCCACAAGUGCGUCGUCCACAAGUGCGUCAUCAACCCCAGCACCUCAUGUCCUCUAUUCUCUCUUCCCGCAUCUGAAGUUACUCGAAAAAACCCCGGACUUAUGGCUUAUUCGGUGUAAAAGUCUUCAGUAGAGGACUAGAAGUAGAACUGUUCGUUCUAGAACAGUUGGGGGUUUUGGGCUAACUAGAAGUGGUCGAUCUAUCAUUAAGGCUUACAAUAAUUCAUCUUAAGGAGCAUCUUUGACCGCUUUCCUAAGAGGGAAACACGUCAUUCAAAGAUGCUCUUUAAGAUGAAUAAAGGGGAGCUCUAAUAUCAACACGAUCUUUACUUGGAUUCCUGUUGAUUCACUUGUUAGUUUCAUUGGGUACUCUCUACUCAGAUUCCGUCCAAGUCCAAGGAAACAGGGUUUCCUAGUUGACUUGAUACGUAGGGUUGUUUUGAUGCAAGACGAGAUAAUAGAUUAUAGUUAUUGAUGCCUGUUCUAGAAGACUUCUUCUAGAUGUUUUAGGCUGCUCAAUAAAUCAUUAUCCUGCUGCCGGUUUUUUCUGAUAGUACAUGAUGGCUGCUUGCGGAUCAGGUACUCUAAUGUUAGAAGAUCUUCACUUCUUCCAGCACUGUUCUCUUUGCUUCAAGGCUCAUUAUUCUGCUGCAUACAUCAAGGGGAACAACGCUCAAUACUAUUCUGCUGCAAUGGUACGCUGAACAGCGUGGUCCAUUCAUCUUCUAAGCAUCAACAAAGCCAUCAUUCCGUACAAUGGACGGCUGCAGGCAGGCGAAGUGGUUAUUCUCUACUUUUCGGCGCAUUGGUGUCCACCCUGUCAACAAUAUUAUGGCUGCAAGGAAAUUUUUAAUUUUUCUAGGAGUAGGUAAGUACUAGUUAUUUUUCGAGGUAUUUAAUAUUGGUUUUAGAACUAUACUUGCUGGACGACAAGCGGCGCCUAGAACAGACGGAUCCUAGCAUAAGCAUGGCCAUUGCUUAAGUUAAAGUUUUUCUUUAGUCUAACCCUCUAGUAUUGAUCUUUUUGAAUUUGAUUUCUAGUUAGGUGGCUGGAUCCACCGAUAUUAGGCUUAGAACCAUAAUGAGUAUGAUGUUGAUAGUCCAGUCUGCACCUCCGCAAAUCAUCAUUUUUCACUGAAUAAUAAAGUCGACACAUCACAGGCCUUCUACUUCUAACCUCCCACUCCCCACGUGUGCAAGUACGCAGGCAAAUGCCCGCCAGGUGGCGUGAGGUUUGUCUUUGUUAGCAGGGAUAAGAGCCUUCAGGAAUUCGAAGGUUACUUCAAGGAGAUGAGCCAUGAUUUUCUUGCGGUGGAUUUUAGUGCAGGUAUCUAGUUCUAGUUUUAGUUGUAUGCCUGCUGGCGCAUUGUUCGUACUCAUUCUUUGAUACGGUCUUUCUCGGUUUACCUCGUUGUUAUUUGAUAAACUGUUAUGGUCAUUCAAGACUAUGAAAAUGAAUGUGAAAUCGAUGCCAGGAGGACGAGGAGAGUGAAACUUUACCCAUUUUGCACCUGCAAAAGAUAUCAACCAAAAUCCAAUCAGCCGGCUUACGUGACCAGUUGUGCAUCAACUAUGGGGUUAACGGGAUCCCAUCGAUACACCUCAUUUCCAACCUGGCGGAUGCUGCGAGCUGCUACGAGAAAAUGCGAGACGAAAUUUAAGACCACCACUUGUUUUCAAUUUUCUUAAUGUUGACGUUGCAAUUUUUACUGCGUUUGUCGUGUAUUGCAUCAGCCACGUCGCUCCUCAGGGGCACCAAUGGAGUCAAGUGGUAGUUUCAACACAUAAAAAAAGAUCGCCUUUUUUCUUUCAAGCACUACUUCGGCCCAGUCCCGUAAAGUAGAUCGUAGGAGUGGCAAAACUAGAAAAAGUAGACCCAUUCAGUCUUCUAAUAACCAAUGCGUCCACAGACGAUGCUGAAGCAGAUGAACUUUAUCCGCAACGAGCUGAUACCAGCUUGCUACGCUAAUGAAGGCUACCUGCACUACAUGAUGCAGGUGAAGAUACUCUUCCUUAUGAUCACGUGGGUGAUGAUCAUGGUGAUGAAGAUGACUGUUGCGUAGACCACCUACUAUCCUGUAAUUGUUAGGUAGAUGAUGCUGGUCACUUUCGUCUUGUUUCUGAACGACACUCUAGCGAGUUUUCACUUCGGGAUUCGUGGAGUUCGAGAUUACUCCUCAUUCUAAACUUAGAACUUCAACUCAUGAAACGACUUCGGUGUUUUUCAAGCGGCUUCGUUGGCGUCGCUUCUCUUCCUACUCGCUCCUCCUCCUCCUCCAUCUCCUCCCCCUCUCCUAUCGCCCCUUCAUCUCCCUCGACUCUCGACCAUACUUGAAUGGACAGAUAGCGCAGAUAUGCGGCUACAAAGGAAUGGACCGAAUCAUCGUAGAGCCUGUCCCGAUAUUGAUGAUACAUGGUAAACGAACCAUGGUCGAAGAUGAUGCACGGAUCUUAAGGCUUCGUUUUUUUGCUCCUAGGGAGGGCUCAGAGUAACUGAAAAACACAAGGUUGUAAUAUUAGGAGCAGCUUGAAUCUCAGCGACCUCCUGUUGCUUGUAAUUUUAUCUUCAAAAUAGAUAUCAACCACAACGCCAACCUGUGCCUAAUGUAGCAAACAAUAGAGUUCAACAAUUCAUCUAAGUUUCGAUUUCGAGCGCAUUGCAUUGCGGAGACGGAACCUUUUCCCGCUUGAGAUGGCAUUGAAAAAGAACCGAAGCAUCCGAGCGUGGCAAAGCAAUGUAGUGGAGCCCAUGGAUAUAGAACGAAACCAAUACAGAGUCCUAUUAUGAAGAUGUCAUUUUGUGAUCGUCACUAAUAUGAUUGUUUGUCGUGAUUUAUGAGAGUAUCCAUUAUUCAUAGUCUUUUUCUGAUGCUGAUCGUCAUGAAUGCAACUGUGGUCUAUGUUUAUGAUGUUUAGGUCAGAGUGGCCCUCUAACUUCAGUCGACGGUGGAAAAUUAGGCACUGAAGUCGUGGACAAGAUGCAGGUUCGGUGGGGGUUGGAGACCCCUGUGGUAGUUCAUGGGCUAACGUCAAGGCCUGAAAAGAAUGGACUCAUGUUAUGGACUGAUGAUGUUUUGAGAGGAGUGUAUCAAUUUGAUGAAGUUUCAUCUGUUCUUAUCCUGAUACAACGAACAAAACACUGAUGCAAUGGAGCGGUCGUGACUUCGUAGCGAAAAAGUACCAGAUCUUCCAGCUUCAUUUUCUCUUUUUGUUCAGCUAUGUUGCAUGAAUAUCUUGUAGCACUAUCAUCUUUUCUUCUAAUAAAAGGCACAAUCGUGCAGGAGUACGAUGAGGAGACGGAGAGGUAUGCCAUCAAGAUCAACGCUCACGAGACUUUAAUGCUCAAGGGUGAUAAAUUUUAUGUUUGAGAUGUCAGGACACGGAUAUUAGGGCUGCUCUUGUUUGGAAGGUAGCCUGAUUUUUUGCGUCAUUCAUACGAGUACGACGAUGUUUUUGCGCAUAGCAGAACGCUUUAGUAGAAUAAGGAGCACGACGAGCAGCAUCUUCACCAUCGUCGUCCACAUGCUGAUACUCUUGUUGACUGAUCAUGGGGUCGUUGGAGACGGGUCAGCUUCGGCAACAUAAAAACGUAAUUGAAAGGAUUCGAGAUGGAUCUUCACUUGCGUGAUCAUAUUGGAUCACGUGGCGACCGGGUCACAGCGAGGACCGCCUGGAUACUCACAAGAAGCCUCUCGUGUUCUAGACCGACUAUGUGCAUGAUCUGUAAUAUUUGGUGCACAAUGCCCACGGAGAUUCAUUCGGUAACGUGUUGAAAAGUGUGUGCUAACAGUUCUACCUCUCCCAUGAAAUUCUUUCUCCACCACCAACUAAUCCUCCGAUGACUGACAAUAAUAUAGCUACAAACUACAUCUUCAGGAAGC